AUGGAGAGAUGCUCAAGUUCUUCGAAACGUCAGUCAAACAAUUCCCUUGAUCCGGUGAAUGCUGUCUCAGAGGCAUUCGCAGUGACCAAUGGAGUGAAGCAGGGUUGCGUACUGGCGCCUACCCUCUUCACUCUCAUGUUCUCUGCCAUGCUGAUGGACGCCUACCGCGACGAACGCCCCGGGAUCCGCAUCGCCUACAGGACGGACGAUCACCUCCUGAAUCAACGACGGAUGCACUUCAAAUCGCGCGUAUCCACAACCACCGUGCACGAACUCCUCUUCGCCGACGACUGCGCCCUGAACACCACCUCGGAAGAGGAGAUGCAACGGAGCAUGGGCCUGUUCUCCGCCGCCUGCGAGAACUUCGGUCUGGUCAUCAACACACAGAAGACGGUGGUGAUACACCAACAGCCACCCAACUCGGCCGCAACCCCCAACGCGCCGCCGCAAAUCAGCGUGAAUGGGACCCAACUGCAAGUGGUGGAGAACUUCCCGUACCUGGGCAGUACUCUCUCCCGCAACACCAAGAUCGACGACGAAGUCGCCAACAGGAUCUCGAAAGCCAGUCAAGCCUUCGGUCGCCUCCAAAGCACAGUUUUGAAUCGCCAUGGUCUUCAGCUGAGCACGAAGCUGAAGAUGUACAAGGCCCUCAUCCUGCCGACGCUAGUGUAUGGAGCGGAGACUUGGACGGUGUACGCAAAGCAGGCACGUCGUCUGAACCACUUCCACCUCAGUUGUCUUCGUCGCAUCCGGAGGCUGAACUGGCAGGAUCGAAUCCCCGACACUGAUGUGCUGGAACGGACGGGAUUCCUCAGCAUCUAA